ACUUUAGGCGAUCGCGCGCGCGUGUGUGUGUGUGUGACAAUUUUUGGGGCCGGCUCUUUGUGCGUUUUGCAUCUUCUCUUCCGUUCUUGCAAGCCGUCCGGUGGUGGUUGUGUUGCACUUUUUCGGCAUUCGCUUCUAUCCUUCUUUCGCCGUGGGGCUCCCCGCUCCUCUCCCCACACGGGCCCUCGAUCCUUUCUCUCGUCCCUUCCGGCAGCAGCAGCAGCACCGCGGCGAGUUGUGUGCGCCCCGGGUGAGUGCAUGCGAGCGAGUGGCGGUGCAUCUCCCCCACUAUGCCUGUUGAUUGUGUGUGUGGUUGUGUGUGUGUGUUUCCUUCAUCAUAUCACCGCACCGCGCUUGUCAUCGUUUGACAGCAGUGUAUUGUGUGGCGGGCCCCCUUGUUCUCGAGCCUCUGCGGACCGAUCGGGAGCGCGCGCGCGCGCGGAGGGCCGUUGCACAAGGCUCCGCGGGAUCCCCUGGUGCUGACCUACCCCUCUCCUUCCCUUCCCCUCCUUGCCCACUGUUUCCUAUCGCCCAAAAAUUAAAAAUCGUCGUGCCGUCUCGCUUCCCCAGCCGCUCGGUGUGUCUGUAUGCGUACUUGUGUGUACCCUUUUCGUCGUCAUUUUGGGCUGGCAGUGCAGUGCAACAAGCAGCAGCAGCAGCAGCAGCAGCAACCCAUCUUCAUACAUACAUAAAAACCCCCUUUUGGCUGCCACACACAAACACACGCACCACCACCACCACCAUGACCACCGAAAACGACGGCACCAAGGGAACGCAUACAGAAACGCAUCACAUCGCUCGCUCGCACACAUCGGCCGGGUCGCCGCGAUUACCUUGAUUUUAUUAUGUGUGUUUGCAGCUACUCUUCUUGUUUCUGCUUCUCCCCUUCAGCUUCCGCUGCGCCUGCCCUCUUCCCUUCCUUCUCCCGCAGGCGCACUUCUUUUUUGUAUGUAUUUUUCGGCGCAGUUCGAUUGGUGUGUGCUGCUGCUGCUGCUGGUUUGUCCACUCGGUUCGGGCGUGCGCUCAGUCCCGGCGCGUGUGUAGUGGUGUGUUGCAAUUUUUGUUGCUGGCCCCCUUGCUUCUUCCCCGGGGCAGGCGGCGGUAGGUUCAGUGAGACGGAGCGGGGAGGGGGGAAGGCCUUCGGGUUUUUCGGGACCGCGCCGUUGCAACAGCGGAGGACCCCACAAUAUUCGGCAGCUUCCUGCGUCCGGUGCAACACGCCACUGCAACAGUACGGCGACAGGCUAGCGAACUGGCGGGCUGACUAACUGUGGGCGCUUUGUUUUUUUUUCUUCUCCUAGCUAAAGUAAGUGCGUUUGCGUGCGUGCGUGCGUGCACUGGGGUGAUUUCAUUGAGGGAUUGUGGGGUUUUUUAUUUUCGUGCGAAUUUUUGUGUACGUAGAGAGGAAUAGCUCUUUGUGUGGUGUGCAGUUUUCUUAGAUUUUUGUGGACAUUUUUGUGGCGAUGCUGGAGAGUUCUUUGUGGCAUUUCGUUUCCCGUGAUCGUUUCUUCGUUCAAAGUGCUUGUGAAUACUGACCAAACUGCGGCCACCGAAUUUGAAUUGUGCUACUCGUUAACAUUGUGCCGAGUGUGAGUGCGCGCGAUUGUGAUGUUGAAUUCCAAUAAGAUACGAUUUGAUUUCCUAGAAUUCAAAUGAAAACCGCGUCCACACAACGUGCAGCGGCAGUGUGUUGGUGCCGACAUUAGGACACUGAUGCGGCUUGUGACAGGGGAAACAAGGAUAGGAACUGUUUUUCAACGGAAAUCAAAUGAAAGCCACCGAGAGACAAUCAAAGUAGCCUGAACUCUAAUUCCUAGUGCUGUGUAGCUCUGUCGGCAGACAAUCGACAGAUUUGAUAAUCCCACCAGCUGCUCAGCGUCACAGUAGGCUUUGGGAAGCGGUGCCGAAGAGAUCGUGCAUUUCGUCUUCUCGUCGGUGUCUGAAGGGUUUUGUGUUCUGUUUUUUUUUUGCGGAUUCUAAAUAAAGUUCUCUGUAUGUUGCAAUCAACCAUCAUGAGUGGACAGUUUGUGUUGAGUAAGAGCACAGUUUUCGUGAUAAAAGUGAACAGUGUCUGGGUGUCAUUAGAACUUGCUUACGUGAAUGAACGAUCGGUGUUUGCAAUUCCUGUGUAGGUUCACGCUCUGCUGUAAUAGAAGUCCUGUCAGCACUAAGACUUGAAAGAACUUUGUGUGUGUGUGUGCAUGUGUGUGUGUGUUUGGGUGUUAAAGUGUAAUGUUCAAAUCAAAAACAUAACUACUGUUACUUAGUACUGUUACAAUGAAAUAUCCUUCAUAAUCUGCAACAUUUCUUCUUCUCUUUUCCUCUCUCUCUCUCCCUCUUCCCCCGCUAUCUUCCAGUGAUGAAAUCCAGUGCAAUACCCCAUCCGUAGAGACCCAACCACGUAGGCGGCGAUAUUCUUCAUCCUUUUGUGUUAGUGUGUGUGCGCCGCGCGUGUGUGUGUGUGUCACUGUGUUACGCUUGCAAGAGCUUCUAUUGUUUUGUUUGAGGCGGAAGGAAAAAGUGUGACUGUCCCCGGUUAGUGUGUGUGUGUGGCCCUUCUCGCCCUUUGUAGCCACCCAUCAAUGUGUCAUACCACUGGUGGGGGACCGUACCAUGUGUUUGGCGGGCGACCCAUCCUCUGCUGCCACCAUCAUCCUCUACAGCCGCGCGUAAAAUAAACCCCCAGCGUGUGUGUGUGUGUGAGAGAGAGAGUGUGGUGUCCUUACGACGAGAACAGAGGUCGCGCGGGCACACGUGCGUGCUUUCGAUAGGAAGCAAAACCCCCCCCCCCCGGGCAAGAAAACGCUUUUUCCCGAGCGCGCGCGCAACGCCGAAACAAACUGUUGCGCCAGCGGUGGUGUGUGUUUUUGUUUCCUUUCUCCGUUUUUUUUUGCGGGGAGAAAAGUGUAUGCUCCGCGUGUCUCACGGUGAUCGUGUUGUUUCACAGGACAAGAGCCAACCGGGGUCGGAAGAAAACUUUGUGUGCGUGUGACUGUUUUUUUUUUGUUUGCUGCUUCUCUGUGAGUUGUUGGUGAAGUAGCUUGAAGAGAAGAGCUUGGAGCUGGUACAACAUUACAAGCCUAGUAGUUGCAGUAGUUGUGUGCACCUGUGUGCGGCCUUUCGUGUGCAUCGCUGUGAAAACAAGAGCCCCGUGACAGGCGUGACAGCUGUUUGUGGUUGUGUGUAUGUGUAUGUGUGACUGUGUGGCCAGAAGAAACGAAGCACAAGCCUACUGAGCCCCCCCGGGCAGGUUCGCCCCAUCGUUCUCUAAUGCUGCUUGAAAACGUUCCCAAUACUGUUCGUCCCCCACCCCCCCUGGUUCUUAGUUUAAUUACUGUGUGUGAAAAUACUAUUCUAAAAAGUGUGCGUGUGUGACUAGGCAAGACUUGUACUACUUCCGGCCACCGUACCGCAGUAGACGCCAGUAGGUGUCCAGUUUUCUGAGAAGCGGAAUUUCCGGCAAAGCGGCACACCCCCCCGGCAACAGCGCAGGAUUGGACAGCAGUUGGCGCACGGACGGGACGGCUUUUUUUCGGUGUUGGAAGAAACACGACGCUCCCAUCUCUCCACCGGAGGCACAGCAAACUCUUGAUGUCUUAAUACUUGAUGUUUCUUGCAUAUUAUUAACGCUUUGAUCACUCAUAUCAACUAGACAACAUUGGCAAAUAGCACAUUAGCAAAUAAGGUAAAACGAGAGAUAGAGAGAGAAUAAAAAGGUAAACGUACAAAAGCACAAUCAAAAACCAAUACAAUAACAUAGCGCGCUUAGCACAGUGCGAAGCGAAGGAGGGGAACGACGACAAACACACAGCAGUGAGCCCCAGCCCCAGCCAAUACACAAAUCAACAUGGUGGACACGCAGCACUUCUGUCUGCGAUGGAACAACUACCAGAGCAGUAUCACGUCGGCCUUCGAAAACCUGCGCGAUGACGAGGACUUUGUGGACGUGACGCUGGCAUGCGACGGUCGCAGCCUCAAGGCGCACCGCGUCGUCCUAUCCGCUUGCAGCACAUACUUCCGCGAGCUACUGAAGAGCACACCAUGCAAACAUCCCGUGAUAGUGCUGCAGGACGUGGCGUUCACGGACCUGCACGCGCUGGUCGAGUUCAUCUACCACGGCGAGGUGAACGUGCAUCAGCGGUCACUGAGCUCCUUCCUGAAGACGGCCGAAAUUUUAAGAGUGUCCGGCCUGACCCAGCAGCAGGCGGAAGAAACGCACGGCAUGCAUGCUUCGCUCGGGGCCAAUCUGCCGUCGGGCGUCGUCCAUCAUCCGAUCUACCCGGAGAAGAUGCUGGACGAUUCGCUGUACGUAUCGCAAGGCGCCUCUCCUCCGCCCCACCUGUCCAGCCUGCACAACAGCUCCUCGCCGAACAGUGGGGGAGUGGGCGGCGGCAACAGUAAUGGCGGCGGGGCACCGAUGGUCAACCAGCUGCUGAAGCGGGCGGCGGCCGCGGCAGCACUCCGGCGGGAACGGAACAACUCCGUCCAUUCGGACGAGAUGGCGCUCAAGCGGCACCGGAUGUCGGUGGACAGCAAUGGGCCAACGAAUCCGCGCGACCACCUGGACGUGAUCUGCAGCACGCCCCAGACGACGGCGACCGACUUUUCGUCGAGCGCGGCCAAACAGCACCUCAGUUUGCCAUCGCCCCAGGGAAAGGAUCAAAUGCGGCAACAGGACAGCUUAUCCGGUCAUGCCAACAGUGGCAGCAACAGUUUCUCCAUCAACAGCGCGAGUAACUUAAUAAAAAGUAGUAUUAAUAACAAUAACAACAACAUCAACAACAACAACAACUUGAACAACAACCUGUUGCACAGCAAGGAAAACAGUGGCGUCGGCGGCGGCGGUGCGGGCGGUCUGUGCGGUUCCGGCGGCAGCAUGCCCACCUCGCUCGGCACCUCGAACGGCAGCAACGCGGGCAGCCUCUGCUCGGCGGAAAAGGAAAGCCUAGCGUCCUCGCCGUCGGAACGGUCGGCCGAGGACGUGAAGUCGGAACCGCUCGAGCUGCUGUGCGGUACGGGCGGCGAUCACGAAAACAGCUCGGACUCGGUAACGGACGAUCAUGGCGACCUGGUGAAGGGUGGACUGGACGUGAAGGGCUCUUUGCGAUCGCCAAACGACCAUGAGCUUGAGAGCAGUAUGCACCACCACAGCGGCGCACAGUUUCUCAUGAACGCUAGCGAAAAUAAACUCUUUCCCACGCCGCCCUCGUUUAACUUUUCCAUGGCAGCACUAGCGGCAGACCCGUCCGCACUGGCAGGAUUCAGCACACAGGCCCUACAAGCAGUGGAGUUGGCCGGCUCGCCACAGGGCAUGAGCAUUGCGGCUAGUAUGGCGGCAUCCCAGCGCUCAGCAUCCCCACCGGACGGUGGUGGCGGCGGCGGCGGUGGCGGCUCGUCCGUCCACGGAGGGCACGGUAUGAACCGGCUGUCGCUUCCGCUGCCGCUGGCCGCGUGCCACCGGUGCGACGUGUGCGGCAAGCUGCUGAGCACGAAGCUGACCCUCAAGCGGCACAAGGAGCAGCAGCACCUGCAGCCGCUAAACAAUGCGGUGUGCAACCUGUGCCACAAGGUGUUCCGCACGCUGAACAGCCUGAACAAUCACAAGAGCAUUUACCACCGCCGGCAGAAGAUCCUGCACCACCAUCAUCACGCCCACCACCAUCCCCUGCACGGGCAGCAUCCGUUCGCGGUCGGGGGCGGCCCCGGUGCCGGCGGCCCUGGCGGUGGCGGCGGGGGCGGCGCGGUCAGCCCGCUGCACCACGGAGCGGCACAUGCGGCGGUGACGGCGGCGGCCGUUGCGGCGGCCGCUGCCGCCGCCGGUGGCCAUCACGAGCUGCUGAACAACAAUGCUGCCGGCGCCACCGACUGUGAUAUCAAGCAUAAUAGUGUCGCGGCCAAGCUCGAAUACAUGUAAAUAAUACUAGAGAGGAGAAGACGGCGAGGGCAACACAAAUGGGAGAAAUAACGCGCUGUGCACGACGCAACUAAGUAGUAGUAGCGAAGUCCGCGUGGUGUGGUCGUCGUCGCUAGACGGAAGAGGAGUAAUAGCUGGAGGAGAAAAACAAAAUGCAACAAAACAUGGUAGUGCGUGCAGCGCAUCAUCUUAAAAUCAUCUCAGAACAAUGAUCAAUUGUAACAUAUAUGUAAUGUAUGUAAGAGUGUGUGUGUGUGUGGGUAUGUGGGUGUAUGUAUAUAUGUAAGCGGGCGGCAACAGCUCGAACGUCCUUCUCCGGAAUAAGGCAACAGAUGAACAAAUCGCUCCCACUCUUUCUCUCGCUCUCGCUAUCCCUCUCAUCACCUCUGUUCUGUUCCCAAAUUAUGUCUCGAUCGCUCGGUGUUAGUCUCUUUCUUGUGAAGAUCUAGACCAAUGCACAAGCAUAGAUAGAGUUGGAUAAUUGACCCCGAAAAUAAAAAGGAAAUGCUACUUUUCUCCAACCCAGUGAGAAUCUUCGAUAGAUUCUUCUGUGUUUCCAUUUUUUGUUUGUUUACCAAAACUGAAAACGAAUUUAGAAUAAGAGUUUAUGCGAUCCGAGCAUUAGUAGUGGGAUGAUCUGAAAUUGGGUUUGGUUUAUUUAGUUUAGAAAUUGGGUUUAUGCAAUGCAAUCGAAAGGCGAAGAAGAGGGAGCAGAAGAGGUAGAGCAGGACGACGUGUUUAUGGAAUGAAUGGAAUGUGUUUAUUUUUUAUUUUUGCCAAUUAUGUGUUAAUUUUUAAUAGUUGAUUUAUAUUCUACCCUUCCCCACAACUUCCGUUUUCCCAUACCUUGUUUUGUUGAGCCUUUUACUAUUAUGAAUACACAUUUAUUACGCGCAUAUUGAACUAUUUAGUAGGAUUUUAGUAGGAGUAAGGAGAAUGAUAACAUUUUUCUAAACAAUAUGUUUUGGUUGCCCCAUCGAUGUAUCGAGGACAGCGCAUGGGGGGAAAACUAUCCCAGCAAAGAUAUAUUUGAAGAAAAGAAAACAAAAAACCCGAAUGUGUGCGUGUGUGCCCAUUGUUAUAUGUGGUCAAAACUACUAAACCAUUUCCUUCUUUUUCGAUCGGCGUUCUCUGGUCAUUGUUGUUAAGUAUCAAAUUGUAUCAUCUCGUUCGUUUAUUUAUCAGUUUAGUUUUGUUUCAAGGGCGCACUCCUGUUGAAACGUAUUUCUAAUUUAGCGAAAUUCUGAUUUUAAUCGUCUCGUGUUGUUGUCUAAAAGUGAAAACGAAAACGGAAACCAAAGGUAUAAGUUUGUUUGGUUCGGUACGAAACACCCCCUCGAUUGCUGGACUGUGCGUGAAAUUAUUGUAAAGACUGAUUUUUCAUACCAUUUUGGGUUGUUUAAACUAUUGUGUUUUUUUGUUGCGUGGUUGCGUUGCGGUGUGGUGUGGAGUCUUAGAUUUAGAACAACGUCGUUUAGCAUUUAAACAUUAUUUAAUUUUUCUUACUUAAAGAAAAUUGAUAUAAAUUAGCAAAAUUAAUCGCAACGGAAAGGAAGGAUUGGGAAACAAAAACCCAAAUACACACCCUCACAAAAAGUUUGCGUUGAAAAAAAAAAGAAAAAAUUCUUUUGAUAGCAUUUUCCACCAAUACGUUUAGUAUGCUGUACGUAACUGAGGGUGUGUGUAAGCCAAAAAAAGAAAAGAAACAGUGUUAAAGCGCCACCACAUUGAAAUGGAAGGAAAUAUCAUUCGAUGCAAUUAACAACGGUACACACACAUACAUAUACGAAACCAAGAAUCUUUGUUGUGCAUAAAUAAUUAGGGCAUGAAAAAAGGGGCAAGAGCAAGAAAAGGUUUAGUUCUAUACAA